CUGGCAGAGGAAAGGCUUGGACUUUGUGUGCCCAAGCCGAGCACGCCCAAGUAGCAAGUAGAGGAGCAGCAUUGUGUGCAAAUUAGAUCUCACACAUCAGCUCCCUCCCAGUGCUCCCCACAUCGAUGGCGUCGUCUUUGGCGUACGAGCUGCUAGCGUACCUGCACGGCUGGUACACGGCAGGCUACGUACUGCUGACGCUGCUGCUACUGCUGUGGAAGCGCUCAGUGCUGCCAUACCCGGCCAUCAAUCUGGCUUCGGAGCUGGCACUGGUGCUGCUGCUGGCCGCGGCGGAGGCAGCCCGCCUGUUCCUUUCGCGGCGCGGCAACCUGACGCAGCGCGCACUGCCGCUAGGCGUGGCGGCGCUGCUGACGGUGCCGGCCGCGCUGGCCGUCUGCUACUUCCUGCUGUGGCAGACAUACGUCCUGCGCCUAGAAGUGGUGCUCUGCGCCACACAGCUGUGCUUCAUGGCCGCGGAGACUGUGUGCGCGGUCAUCUGCAUGGUGGCCUUUGCACGCGAGUAGAACUGGGGCACACGUUCUGCGCUGUCCGGCCGUCGGGAGGAGGGUGGAGUGAGGAGGUGUGUAAGGACGAGAGGUGGAUAGAGCCAAACAGCUGGGAUUGGACGGCGGGACGUCGGACGGCGGCGCUUCCACCUCUACCGGCGGGAGGCGGACGGCGGGACGCCGCCGGUAGAGGUGGAAGGUGGAGCUGGAACAGCGCGUAGGGAACAGAGGUGGGCAAUGACCGUGACGGCUUGACUAGUCACCGAGUCCUAGCUAGUAAGUAGUUGGGUAAUUGAUGGUCCUUGGCCGCCCGACAUAGCCGUCCAGCGUGAACGGCUGUGUUGUACAUGAUGGUUGAUAACCAGCAUAAGAAUGAGACUCGUGCUUGGAACGGGUGUGCAGCCCAGCCGUGAGUGAAUGAGAAUGGCGCGGCCCCGGCCGCUAGGUCAGCGCACCCAUGCGGCAAGUGACCGGCACCGCGAGACGCCAGGAAUCCUGAGUCGCGGCCACCCUGCGGAUGGUGCUGCGUAACAGGCCGCCGGGCGAGCCAGCGUGCAAAGGUCUCGUCGACGGGUCACCAACUAGUGUCUCGGAGUGCUUUGCCGCCACGGCGAACGCCCUCGCGAGUACACUCGGCUGCACUUCCGUCGUGUGCCGGAGAUGGAAUUAGAAUUUCGCUGUGUGUGUGUGUGGUAGACCUGCUUUUGCUGCGUUGUUGUUAGUCUGGCGGGACACUUCAGCACCCAUUGUGCGUUGUAAAACCUUCACGCACUGUGUAGUUGUGCACGUGAAAUGGGUAGUGAUCUUGGAAUAAACAUAUUCUUGCGUGUGUAA